ACAAAAGGAAAAGUGAGUGAAAGCAGAAAACCAAAAACCUCAAAUUAGUUCUAACUUCUAACAGUCAUGGAUUUUGCGUGCUCUGAUAUAAGCGUAUGGAAGGACGCGCUGUCGUGUUACCAGAGCCGCUUGGAAUCACUCAACAAACCAGGUCUCCCUGAACUAGACGAUUUCUAUCGGAACCAGCUUCCCUUGCUGUUACGCGAAAGAAACCCUAAGCCUUACAUCGCCAAACCAGAACUGUCCAAGCUCAUGCAAUGGAAGCUUACCAGAGGGAAAUGGAGGCCGCGACUUUUGGAUUUCGUUUCAUCUUUGGACGAAACCCUAGUGAAAUCUGCUUCUCAAAAGGCCUUUGAAUCUCUUCCUGAUAUUUCGAAAGCUAUUUCCGAGCUCACUGUUCUGAAAGGAGUGGGCCCAGCUACUGCCUCUGCCGUUCUGGCUGCUUACGCACCCGAUGCAGCGCCCUUCAUGUCCGAUGAGGCUAUGCUGGCGGCUCUGGGUAACUCGAAGGAUUAUACGUUGAAACAGUAUGUCUUGCUUACUGAGAAAUUACAAGCCAAAGCAAAGGAACUGAGUUUGGAAGGGGACACCUUCACUGCAUCUGAUGUUGAAAGAUCUCUCUGGAGCUCUGCUAUUGGUGCCAAGUUGCUAGCGUCACCUUCAGACUCAGAUGCAAAGGUUAAUUCAAAAAGAAAUUUCAAGAGAAAGAGAAAGCCAUGAAGGCAUGAAGCUGGUGCUUGUUUAGUCGGUCAAAACAUUGAAACUAACCCUUUUGGUGAAAGU